CCCUAUAUUUCAGUUAUUACAGGGCUAUCACUCAGUCAAGAGUGCGCCUGCGCAGGAAAUUAGUUCGUGGAUGGACCUAGCCGUGAGUGUAAUGGCUACCUUGUAGUGUGUUCAUACAGUAUAGUAAACUUUGUUAAACUGGAACCUUGUCGUUGUGUCAUUUCGAGUUAACAUUGGUAGCAGAGGAUGGUUAAUAACUACAAUGUGCCACCUCACUUCGACGAGGUCGUACGAAAGUUGGAAAAAUGAACUUGGAAUCUGGACACGGGUUACUAAUCUGGACGCGAAAAAGCAAGCACUUGCGGUGGUAUUAUCGCUCGAAGGAAGAGCGAGAGAUACAGCACUGGAAAUAUCCGUUGAGGAUUUGAACGAUGAUGAUGGUAUGGGAACUUUGAUCAGAGCACUGGAUUCUGUAUUUCUUAAAGAAGAGAAAGACCGUGCCUACGAGGCAUAUUCAAACUGACAGUGUUUCGAGAGAUAUUUCGGUUGCAAUGACGGACUACAUCAUUGAUUUCGAACAAAGGUACAAUAGGAUGCGCAAGUACGACAUGGUUCUCCCGGAUGCAGUGUUAGCUUCCAAGUUUCUAGAUACUGCCUGUCUAGAUGGUAGGGAGAAAUAGUUGGCUUUGACUGCUUGUACUGUACUGACUUUUGCAUCAAUGAAGUCGGCACUAAAAAUAAUUUUUGGUGAAAAGACGUCUGUCGCGCCGUUAACAGAUGGAAUGCAAGUGAGUGACGGAGCAUAUUACACUGAGCAGCAGAGAAAAGGCGCCAAAAAGUCACGUUCUCAAGACAACCUGAAGGGGCGCCAUUUCCCGGAACAAAUCCACUGGACAAAUAUGGAAGGAGAUCAAAAUGUGCUGUUUGUCAAAGCACUUGCCAUUGGGUUAAAGACUGUCCUCAUAAAAAUGAACAAGUUAAACUAACAGAAGAAAAUGUAAACACAGAUAUAGAGCAGUGUAACAUUACACUGUUUUCAAAUGAAUCUGCUUCUGAUACUGAGAUUUUUAUAGUUGAAUCCUUAGGAUCUGCUGUGAUUGAUACUGCAUGUACACGCACAGUGUGUGGUGCAAAAUGGCUUGAUAGCUAUGUCAGUGAAAUAAAUAUGAAAGAAGUACAAAAUAUGAUUGACACACCAAGCAACAGAGCUUUCAAAUUUGGAGAUGGGAGAAUUGUCCAUUCUACCAAGAGAGUUAAGAUACCAGCAAAAAUUGGUCAGACUAAGUGUCACAUUGAAACAGAGGUGGUCCCUGCAGAUAUCCCUUUACUAUUAAGCAAAGCUUCCCUCAAGAAGGCAGGGGCUGUACUAGACAUAAAACAUGACAAGGCAGUGAUGUUUAAACAACCAGUGACUCUUGAACUUACUACCUCAGGCCACUAUUGUGUAAACAUUUUAGACAAAGACAUCACACAGAGUCCAUGCAAAAAUGAGAUUCGGACGGACACAGAGCACAUGGAGAUUCUGACAAGUCACAGAGAACAUGAACACAAAAUAAAAAUACAAAGUGUUGUUAAAGCUUCAAACAGUUUGGACAUGCUACAGUUGACAGACUUCAGAAGUUACUCAGCAGUUCAGGGAAUAAUGAUGAUGAGAGUAUUUCCAUUCUACAGCAGAUAGUUAACAAUUGUGAGACAUGUUAAAAAUACAGUAAACCUAAGCCCAAACCAGCUGUUGGUUUGCCACUAGCUUCCAAGUACAAUGAAACAGUGGCUGUAGAUCUACAUGAGUUAGCAACAAGUGUGUGGUACCUUCACAUAAUCGACCACUUCACACGCUUCAGCGCUGGAAGCAUUGUGAAUACAAAGAAACCCAGUGACAUCGUCAGGCACUUCAUUCAUUCCUGGGUAAGUGUGCAUGUCCCGCCCCAGAAAUUGUACAGUGACAAUGGAGGAGAAUUCAAUAAUAAUGAAAUAAGAGAAAUGGCAGAGAACUUCAACAUGGAAGUAAAGACAACUGCUGCAUACAGUCCAUGGAGCAAUGGACUUCUGGAGAGACACAAUCAAACACUCACAGAGAUCAUGCUGAAAGUGAAGCAAGACAAUGGAUGUGACGAACACAGCCCUAGAUUGGGCUUUGAUGGCAAAAAACUCAAUGCACAAUGUUCAUGGUUACAGCCCAUACCAACUAGUGUUCGGGCAGAACCCUAAUCUUCCCUCUGUACUGGUUGACAAGCCACCAGCACUAGAAGGGGCCAGUGUGAGUGCAUGGGUGGGACAGCACCUGUCAGCACUACAUGCAGCGAGAAAAGCAUUCACUGAAGCAGAGUGCUCAGAAAGAAUUCGCAGGGCUCUGCGUAAACAGCUACGACCCACCGAUGAGAAGUACGAAACUGGAGACAAAGUGUACUACAAACGAGUUGACUGUUAAGAGUGGAAGGGACCGGGAGUAGUCAUUGGCCAAGAUGGUGUGGUGAUAUUUGUGAGGCACGGAGGCAUCAUUGUCAGGGUGCAUCACUCAAGAUUGCGGAAAGUAAAUAAUCAACAAGAUAGAGGGGCUGUUGCUGAGAAUCAUCCUAAUGAAAAGGAGACAGUAACAGACACAAACCUACCAGAUGUCAUAUCCAAUGAUAUGGACACUGAAACUGACACAGGAAAUGGAUCAGAGACCUUCAACCAUGCCACAGAUAAUACUGUUGAGCGUUCAAAUGAGGAAAACAUUCAACAACAGCCACAUGUGUUAAGAGAACAUGGUUGUUCCAAUCUGAAAACUGGACAAACUGUUAAAUACAUGGACAGAGAACGUGGUAUUCCACAUACAGCAACCGUCAUUGGACGAGCAGGAAAAGCCAAAGGAAAACACCAGAACUGGUACAACUUGCAGUACUCUGAACCAGUUACACUUUCUGGUACAACAGGGUCAGCUGACCUGUUACUUGUAGAUAAUCUCAGAAUUGAACCAAUGGAAAAUCGAAAAAAACAGAAUGACAUUCAAAAUGAUGAUGUACUUCAAUCAAAGGACGUGUCAUUUGACUCAGCUAAGCUAGAUGAGCUCAGUAAUUGGAGGAAAAUGGAGUGUUUGAGGAAGUUACAGACAUUGGCCAAAAAUGUGUCUCAACAAGGUGGGUGUGUACCCUUAAAGAGUCCUUAACUGGAAUAGUGCCUAAAGCACGUCUAGUGGCUAGAGGUUUUGAGGAGCUGGCUGCUAAACAACUCCCAAAAGACUCACCGACAUGCGCCUCAGAGUCACUCAGAUUGCUGAUGUCAGUGAUCUGCCAGAAACAAUGGAAACUUAAUUCCAUAGACAUCAAAUCUGCAUUUUUGCAGGGAACAGGCUGUCAAGGGACAUUCACAUCCGACCUCCGCCUGAAGCUAAAUGCGAAGGAACACUGUGGAAACUAAAGAAGUGUGUGUAUGGACUGGCAGAUGCAUCACUCUACUGGUACAACAAAGUCAAGGCAACAAUGCUGAGUACAGGUGGAAAACUGUCACAAGUGGAUCCUGCAGUCUUCUAUUGGCUUGAUCAAGACUGCAGUGUGACUGGAGUACUUGCCUGUCAUGUUGAUGACUUUAUCUGGGGUGGCUCACAGACCUUUGCUACAACUGUGAUUCCACACCUCAAAUCUGUUUUCCAGGUCGGCCGUGAGGAGCAUGAUAAUUUUUGUUAUGUUGGCAUAGAGUUUAUUACAGUUGAUGGGACAAUACUGAUGCAACAGGAGAGCUAUAUCAAGAAUCUUCAACCCAUUCACAUGGAUUCUUCAAGAGCCGUACAAAGGAAUUCCCCUCUAUGUGGAAUUGAAGCUGAUCAAUUGAGGUCAAAGAUAGGACAAAUUGUAUGGGUUGCUAGACAGAGUAGACCUGAUUUAAUGUUUGAUGGUUGCAACUUGGCAUCUAACACAAAACACGCCACUGUACAAACCAUUCAUGAGGCAAACAAAGUUGUUCGUAAACUGAAAUCACAACAAGUGACUUUAAAGUUUCAGCAUGUUGGAAAAGAUGACUCUUUGAAACUAGUUGUCUUCAGUGAUGCUUCGCUAGGGAACCUUACAGAUGGAGGCACACAAGGUGGACAUCUAAUCGUGUUAAUGGGUGAAGGAGGAAUAUUCUCACCUAUCUGUUGGCAGUCAAAAAGGAUCAGAAGGGUUGUCCGAAGCACACUUGCUGGAGAAACACUUGCUCUUGCGGAUGGAAUUGACAAUGCGAUCUUUCUUGCAACUCUGUUCUCAGAGCUUACCACUGGUGAGACAAAACGGCACAUUCUACCUGUAGUUUGUGUCACUGACAACUACUCAUUAGUUGAUGCUUUGAAGUCAACCAAGUCUGUCACAGAGAAAAGACUUCGUCUUGAGAUUAGCAGCAUCAAGGAACUUAUUCAAGCACAGAGAAUCCAGCGGAUUCUGUGGUCGACCACAAAGGAACAGCUUGCUGACUGUCUGACUGAAAAAGGAGCAUCCGGUCUUGUGCUCCUACAGGCUCUCAGUAAUGGAAAGUGGCAGCUUGAGUAAUACAAAUAAAAACUGUCACACAACCCAUUUGUAAUGGGGAACUUAAAUAAUACUUGGACAUUUAAUUAUGUUGUUGAUGUUUAAUUUGUCUUUAAAGAAAAGGGGGAGAUUGUUAAGUUCAUGUUUUAAGUAUCCCUAUAUUUCUGUUAUUACGGGGCUAUCACUCAGUCAAGGGUGCGCCUGCGCAGGAAAUUAGUUUGUGGAUGGACCUAGCCGUGAGUGUAAUGGCUACCUUGUAGUGUGUUCAUACAGUAUAGUAAACUUUGUUAAACUGGAA